GCUGUGCUUGCAUCAGCUGUGUUUAUGCUCCUAACAUGGAAUCCAAAGCGAGUUUUACUCCAUAAGCGACGCUAUCCAUAACGGAAUCCGGAUUACAAAUCCAUUUAGCACUUUCGGCAACAGCUUCCACCGCAUGCGCCCGUACCAAAAGUACUUCACCUCGAGCGCGGCGUUUCAAAAAGAGCGCCAUGUUAACAGCAUGGCCGUCGCCCUUUGCCGUAAGCUGGAGGCACGUUUUGUUAACUGCUUGGAUAACGGCAAGCCGGCAAAUCUUGCCGACUGAAUCGAAUACGCGUCGUUCUAGCCUGGAGCUUAACAUUUAGCGAGGAAAUGGGCUUCCUUAAAGCUAGCGCCGACGUCGACGCAUGAUAAAGACGGGCGAAAUGGCGAUGCGCUAUCUCGGCAUCGUGGGGCAGAUGCCAUGGCUGGACAUGUGGCUGGGAAAGGACCCUCGAUGCCCCGUUAAGUUCGCCAGAUAUAGUAGCACUUUCAUGUAUUGCGUCCGCCGCACGGCCGAAAGGGGCACCCAGCGGGCUGGCAAGGGCGUGGCCCGCGGCGCGGACCGAAGCAACUUCCUAAACAACUUCUUCGAGGCCAAAGAGCUUUACCCCGACACGAUUGGCGACAACGAGGUCGUGUCGUAUUUGAUGAUGAAUGUCCUCGCCGGAGCAAACACCACGUUUUUUGUACAAAAGGCCAUCACGUACUACAUUUUCAAAAGUCCGGCCGUUAAGGCUCGACUGGUGGCCGAGUUGGACGGUGUAGGCUUUACCUCGUCGCCGCCACCUUACGCCGAAACCAAGGACCUCCAGUAUUUCAAGGCAGUAAUUCGGGAGGGCUUGUGCAUGCACCCCGUCCUCGGCGGGGUGCUGGAGAGGGUCGUGCCAGCGGAGGGCCUGAGGCUCCCCGACGGGACCCAGGUGGGCAUGAACCCGUGGGUAACGCCGCGCGACAAGCAAACCUUCGGCGACGAUGCGGAUGCGUUCCGGCCCGAAAGGUGGCUGCGCGGCGAGCAAAAAACGGAAGCGCAUCUAACCACGACGCGGUUUACGCGAUACGACCAGACAGCAGGGGGACGUUUGGUCGCAGGUAAGGUUGCUUCGCUCCACCCCGAAGCACCAAAAAGGGGCGGCAAGGCUCCCAAACUGGACCAGGCCGUUGUUUUGAGCGCAGGUCGGCGUUCCCUUUCGGCGCUUAAUCCUGGUCCCUUCCAGGGCCGCGGGGUGUUUUACGUCCAAUCAUGCAAUUUAAUUAGGAUGAUGCGGAUGUUAUGUUGGGCUUCGAAAGGGACCCACCAGCGCGAAACGACAGGGACGGUGAAUUCCCAGGAGGAUCCUAGCGACAUAACGAUGUCGACGACGAGGACAAUGUAA